AUGGAUGCCCAGAGAGCUUUGCUCGACGAACUCAUGGGCUCAGCACGUAAUUUGACUGAAGAAGAGAGAAAAGGGCAUCGGGAAGUUAAAUGGGAUGAUAAGGAUGUCUGUGGUUGCUACAUGAUUCGGUUCUGCCCUCAUGAUUUGUUUGUCAACACACGAAGUGACUUAGGUGUGUGCCCAAAAAUUCACGAUGUAAAGUUGAAGGAAAGUUUUGAGAAGUCCCCUAGACAUGAUUCAUAUGUCCCCAAGUUUGAAGCUGAACUAGCUCACUUCUGCGAAAGACUGGUCUCAGAUUUAGAUAGAAGAGUUAGGCGUGGUCGUGAACGACUUGAACAAGAUGUUGAAGUUCCCCCACCUCCUCCAAUUUCUGUUGAAAAAGCCGAGCAAUUGUCGGUGUUGGAAGAAAAGAUAAAGAGCCUGCUUGAACAAGUCGAGUCCCUUGGUGAAGCAGGUAAGGUUGAUGAAGCUGAGGCACUUAUGAGAAAGGUUGAAAUGCUUAAUAUUGAGAAGACCACCCUGACUCAGCAACCGCAACAAGAUAAGCUGCUGAUGAUGGCACAUGAGAAAAAAAUGGCGCUAUGUGAAGUUUGUGGUUCAUUCCUAGUAGCAAACGAUGCUGUCGAAAGGACUCAGUCGCAUGUUGCUGGCAAGCAGCAUAUGGGUUAUGGCAUGGUCCGGGAGUUUCUGGCUGAGUAUAAGGAAGCCAGUGAAAAGACAAGAGAAGAAGGUAGACUGGCCAGAGAGAAAGAAGCCGAAGAACGAAGAAAGCUGAGAGAGAAAGAGUAUGAGAGCAGACAAAGAAGCAGCUCGGCUGACAGAGAUAGGUAUCGUGAUCGGGAUUAUGACAGAUACCGAGAAAGGGAUAACAGUCGGGGAAAACUGGAUAGAAAAAACAGCAGCAGGUCUCGUAAUGGGAGAGAAAGCCGUAGGGAUAGAUAUCGGGAGCGUGAUAGAAGCAGGUCACAUUCUCCAGUCAGGCAAGGUCGUCGUCGGAGCCCCGGACGUGCACGUUAG